AUGAGCCGCAGCCAGGUGAUCGGCAAUGGACUCGAGAUUCCAGGCUUUGAUGAAAUCUAUCGGAUCUUCGUUGGCCAUGGCUGGCAAGGCGGCUCAUCUCAGCUGGUCAUUUCGCUCUUGCACCGCUUCUGUUCACAGACCGACUUCUGUCUUUGUCAGGCUUCGUGGUCCGCCCAAGUCGUUGCAUCGCGCGAGGCGAUCAUGCGGAAUGCGCAGUCUGCCUACAGAAAGAUACUCGGUCAGGUCACAUCGAGCGAGCUUGGCCGAUCAUCUUUGGUUGCGAUGAGUACCAGAUCGCAUUUGACUGCGAUUUUGAAGCAUCUGAUCCCGCCCUCUGCGCUUGUUAUGACGGCCCACGAUACCAAUAAACGACCACGCAAAUCCUCAGCAGACUUUCAUAUGGGACAAUGUUGUAUUGAGCUCGUGCGAGAAGGUGACCUCGUCAUAUUGUACUUUUCUCGCGAGAAUCUACAAUAUGUCAAGAUUGCCGCCGGCACAGAGUUACAGGCCCGCUUCGGCGCUUUCAGACACUCAGACAUGAUCGGACAGCCUUAUGGAACGAAGCUCUCUAGCGUGCGCAACAAUGGUUUCGUCUAUCUGCUCAGACCUACGCCUGAGCUAUGGACACAAUGCUUGAAGCAUCGCACUCAAAUCCUUUACAUGCCUGACAUGGCGUUCGUCACGUCUUUGCUCAACGUCAAACCAGGCGACAGCAUGAUCGAAGCAGGAACGGGCAGCGGCUCGUUCACUCAUACAGCCGCGCGCAUCCUUGGCGAAUCGGGCGCGCUACAUUCCUUUGAGUUUCAUGCAGAGCGCUACGCAACCGCAAGAGCCGAAUUCGCAGAGAACAACCUCGAUUGCGUCAGAUUACGGCAUCGCGACGUUUGCAAGGACGGCUUUGGUCUCAACGAUGCUGUCGACAGCAUCUUUCUCGAUCUCCCUGCGCCAUGGGAAGCUCUCGCUUCUGCCAAAGUGGCGAUGAAGCAUGACCGUAUUGGCCGUAUCUGUUGCUACAGUCCCUGCAUGGAGCAGGUUACCAAGACUGUCAAUGCGCUCAAUGCCCACGGAUUUUCUGACGUGAUGAUGUACGAGACACUGCUACAGAUGAUGGAGGCUAGUCCGGCGGCAGCGCCAAGCAUCGAUGAUACCAUCACGCGCAUCAAAGCAAUAGAGGAGCGCAGGAGCGUAAAGAGAGAGCACCAAAUAGCGGCUGCCAAGCGAAAACGAGAAGACAGGCAACAGUCAGAAACCGGCCAUGCCGAGGAUGGCUCACCUAGCUCAAAGCGAGCGAAAGACGGGCAUACAGAUUCGCCUGCUCUUUCUGACGUUGAGAGCGCGCUGUGCACUACAACCGCAAGCACGUCUUUACCGCCAGCGCCGAAUGUCGGCACUGCUAACGCUGUGCUUAAAGCGAUGCCUCAGUUGCCGCCCAAGGCAUUCACAGUCGCUAGAGCAGGUUCACGCCAAAAGGUUGCUCAAGUAGACCUUAAGCCUGCUCCGCUCUUGCGAGGGCAUACGUCAUAUCUUACUUUUGCCACACUCUUGCCGGCAAGCGCAGAACCUCAAGACGAAUAUGUCACGGUCAAGGAAGAACCGGCGAAGCAGGCGAUAUCGGCUUGAUCGCGCCCUGACGCAGCUCCGUACGAUGAUAGCGCUACAGUGAGCGCGAUUGGCACGGCGCAUUGUAAAGUGUAUCCUGUUGUGAAUCGCAACAUGCUUGUCCCCUAGCAAAUUGGGCUGACGACGCGAAAAAAAAAACGAACGUAUCCAGGCCAAUAGCAAGUCGCCUCAUAUUA